CAGUCACACAGAUCAGUGUCUCCAGUGCCCAGCUGUGUGUCCAUGAAGAGUGACUGGUCCAUGGGAAACCCUCUCAAUUUCAGUAGUGGACCACCACAGUCUGAUCAAAGACCACAGUCACACAGAUCAGUGUCUCCAGUGCCCAGCUGUGUGUCCAUGAAGAGUGACUGGUCCAUGGGAAACCCUCUCAAUUUCAGUAGUGGACCACCACAGUCUGAUCAAAGACCACAGACACACAUACCAGUGUCUCCAGUGCCCAGCUGUGUGUCUAUGAAGAGUGACUGGUCCAUGGGAAACCCUCUCAAUUUCAGUAGUGGACCAUCACGGUCUGAUCAAAGUGGGUUCAGGAAUACCCUGACUCAGGAUGAGUCCAGGUGUGGAGUGUGUGAGCAGCUACUGAGGGACCCGGUCACCACCAGUUGUGGACACAGUUUCUGCAGGCAGUGCAUCAGCAGCUACUGGAGCCAGUCUGGUCCAUCAGGAGACUACAGCUGCCCCCAGUGCAGAAAGAGACCCAGAACACAACCCAUUACAAACCCUGAGAUAACUAUGGCACAACCACUGUUAUACCCACCUACAGCCAUAGCACUACCUCACCUAUACCCAUCUACAGCCAUGCCACAACCUCGUCUAUACCCACGUAUAACCAUGGCACAACCUCACUUAUACCCAUCUCUAGCCAUGGCACAACCUUUGUCGUACCAACACAGUGAAAUGACACUUCAUCUGAACCCAUCUGCAAACAUGGCACAAGUUCCUCCAUCCCCACACACAGACACGGGGCAGCGUCCUCAGUACUCAAACUCAGCCAUGGGGCAGCAUAAUCAUCCACACAUCCAGCACCCUCUUUAUCCACACAUCCACACGGCACAGAUCUCUCCACAGCCUCCCUUAGAUGAGCACACAGUCAUGGGAGGCAGCACCCAUCUGCAAACUGAGCAUGCUCCAGUUAAAAGGGCCAAACUAACAGAUGACGAUGUCCUCACCAGAGUACUGAUGACCCAUAAAGCCAUCAUGAAGAGGAGGUUUGAGAGCAUAUGUGAAGGCAUCAUAAGGUCAGGGACUCAAACACUCCUGAACAAGAUCUACACAGAGCUCUACAUCACAGAGGGAGAGAGUGAAGGGGUGAAUAAUGAGCAUGAGGUUUGGCAGGUAGAGUCAGCAUCCAGACCACAAACGACAGAAGACACAGCAAUCAACUGCAAUGACAUCUUCAAGCCUUUACCUGGACAGGAGAGACACAUCAGGACAGUCAUGACCAAGGGGAUUGCUGGUAUUGGAAAAACUGUCUCAGUGCAGAAGUUCAUCCUUGACUGGGCAGAAGAGAGAGCUAACCAGGAUGUAGAUUUCAUGUUUGUGCUUCCGUUCCGUGAGCUGAAUCUGGUCAAACAUGAUCAGUACAGUCUUCACAGGCUCCUGCUUGACUUCCAUCCUGAGCUUAAAGAGCUACAGAAUGGUGAAUACAAAGACUGCCACAUUGUGCUCAUCUUUGAUGGUCUAGAUGAGAGUAGACUUCCACUGAAUUUCCAAGACAACCAGAAGUUGUCUGAUGUGACACAAACAUCAUCAGUGGAUGUGCUGAUGACGAGUCUCAUUCAGGGAACACUGCUUCUCUCUGCUCUCAUCUGGAUAACCUCCCGACCAGCAGCAACCAGUCAAGUCCCUUCUCAGUGUGUCAGUCAGGUGACAGAAGUACGAGGGUUCAAUGACCCGCAGAAGGAAGAGUACUUCAGAAAGAGGAUCAGUGACCAGAAUCAAGCCAACAAAAUAAUCGCACACAUUGUGGAAACCAGGAGUCUCCACAUCAUGUGCCACAUGCCAGUCUUCUGUUGGAUCUCAGCCACUGUCCUUCAGCAGAUACUGGAACAGGAUGAUGGGAAGGAAGCCCCCAAAACACUGACUGAAAUGUUCAUACACUUCCUGCUCAUCCAGACCACCAGGAAGAACCAGAAGUAUCAAGAGGAAAGUGAGACAGAUCAACAGAGGCUCCUGGAAUCACAUAAGGAUGUCAUAUUGAAACUGGCAGAGCUGGCCUAUAAGCAUCUGGAAAAUGGCAAUCUCAUGUUCUAUGAGGAAGACCUGAGAGAGUGUGGCAUUGAUGCCAGUGAAGCUUCAGUGUACUCUGGCAUGUGCACUGAGAUCUUCAGGGAGGAAUGUGUGUUUCACCACAAGAAGGUCUACUGCUUCGUCCAUCUGAGCAUCCAGGAGUUUCUCGCUGCACUUCAUUUGUUUGCCUCCUACUUGAGUAAGGACAUGGAGGUCCUGAAACCAUUUCUUAAAAGAAAGUCCAUGACUUUGGCAGAUUGGCCUCUAGAUGAGCUGCUGAAGAAUGCUGUGAACAAAGCUUUGGAAAGCAAGAAUGGACACCUUGAUUUGUUUGUCCGCUUCCUUCAUGGCAUUUCUCUAGUGUCAAAUCAGAGACUUUUGCUUGGCCUCCUGACAGACACACACAGCAACCCAGAGAGUGUGAAGAAAACAAUCAAGAACCUGAAGAUGAUGCAGAGACCAAAUAUCUCCCCCGAGAGGUGCAUCAAUCUGUUCCACUGCCUGGUGGAAAUGCACGACUCUUCUGUUCAUGAUGAAAUCCAGGCUUUCCUGAAGGCAGAGAAAGGUGCCGUGAAACAGCUCACACUGGCUCACUGCUCAGCCUUGGCUCAUGUGCUUCUGAUGUCUGAUGAGGUGCUGGAUGAGUUUGACCUGAGCAAAUAUAAAACCUCUCCAGAAGGUCGCAGGAGACUGGUUCCAGUCGUGAGAUGCUGCAGAAAGGCUCUGUGA